AAAGCUCUUCUUUCUUUCUUCCUAUCUAUCUCUUUUUCUUCCUCUUAUUCUUCUCUCUCCCCUUUUAUCCACUUCAGUUUCAAAUUAAAAACACAUAUAUUCAAUUAAUCAAAAUUACCUCAUCUGGCUAUUUCCAUGUUUGUUAUCUCUGAUUCUUUACCAUUUGGGUCUUCCACUUCCACUUCCACUUCCUCUUGCUUUUGCUUCUUCUUCCUAGAUAGAAAGCUUCUGCUUCUUGACAAACGUACAAAUUCAAACAGAAAUUUACUCUCUUGUUCUUCCUACCAUGAACUAGCACAAUAGUAGAGUAGUUCAGUUUGUUUAAUUUUAUGAAACUGAGAGGAAUUGAAAAUGGAAAGUGGGUGGAGCUGGGAUCAAAAGUCACUCAUUGGUGAGCUAAUUCAGGGGAUGGAGCUUACCAAGCAAUUGAGAACAGAGUUGAGUUCAGCAUCUGGAGAAGAAAGCAGAGGAUCAUUAGUACAAGGAAUUUUAUCUUCAUAUGAGAAAGCUCUUUUGAUACUGAAAUGGAACGGACCAACGAAUCAGCUUCAGAUGGUUGAAGCGACCCCUGGUUUGCCAGGCUCUCCAAUUUCGGUUAAUGGAAGUCCUUCUAGUGAUGACUCUGGUAGAGUUCUCAAGGACCCUCAGGACUCCAGAAAAGAAUCAAAGAAGAGAAAGACACAGCCCAGAUGGACAGAACAAGUGAAAGUGAACUCUGAGACGGGAUUCGAAGGACCCCACGAGGAUGGUUAUAGCUGGAGAAAGUAUGGCCAAAAGGACAUACUUGGUGCAACAUAUCCCAGAAGCUACUAUCGAUGCACUUUUCGCAAUACUCAGAAUUGUUGGGCAGUAAAGCAAGUGCAGAGAUCAGAUGAAGACCCUUCAGUAUUUGAGAUUACAUACCGAGGAAAGCACACAUGUUCCCAAGGGAACUAUUUAGCCCAAACAUGUCAUUCACCAGAUAAGCAAGAACAGAAGGAAACUGACCGCGAUCCUCAUGAGCUGCAGCCUUUGCAGGAAAACCUAUUCGGUAAUCAAACCAUUCAGAACAUCGAAAAGCUUGAAAAUAAGGCAUCUACCUUCUGCUUUGGCUCAAGCUCAACUUCUGUUGGAUGUAAGGACAUUGUAAAUGCUGGCUUUUCAAAUUUAGCCAUCGACACUCACUCUGCUUUGGGAAGCUUUACUCGGUCAUUUACCUCUCCAACCUCACCCGACAAAAACUACUUCACUCCAUCCCCAUGCCAAAGGAGCAACGUAGGAGGGACUCAUAGUGUGCAAAAUCUAGAUCCUGAUGUCCAUGAGAUUUUCUCAGCCAAUACUUCAGCUACCAAUUCCCCUAUCCUGGAUUGGGAUUUUCCAUUUGAUUCAGAGCAGAUCAAUCCAAAUUUCCCAUUUAAUUCCCAAGGUUUUUUCUACUAAACCACCUAGGCAUGAGAAUAAAAUUGCAUCCUGGCUAAUAACCAAUCCCCUAGAAUAUAGCUUCAAUCAUGCACCAAGACAGAAGGAAGGAAGUUUCUCUCUUACCCAGAUUUCAUUUUCUAAAAUGUUAGCAAAGCAUGGUGAUUAGUAAUAUAAUUAGCAGGUUCAUUUUUGGUUCUUU